CUUUCCGCGAUAGCACCGUUUUUACUCGACACUCUCAAGCCGCGAUAGAACACCACCACCACUCAGACACUCACACACAUACACCUGGCUGCAGUUGUAUAUACACGGAAAUCAUACAAAUAGGACACCACACAUAGCAGCGCCACAAGGAGACUUCCAGCUCCAAAAGGGGCGAAAAGGAUAAAAAUGUUAUUUGUGCGUUCUUAACAUAAAAUCUUUUUUCCGGAUUUUCCGCUCGUAAAAAUCGGUUUGGUGUUAAUUUUUGCAAGCAUACACGCCUUGAUGGAAAUCUCGGCAUAGAGGAUUAAUGUGAUAUCUAAUAAGCCAGUGAAUGAUAGGGGAAGUGGAUUCGGAUUGACGCAUUCUGUUCCCAAAAAGAAAAUUAUUGAAACCUGAAAUGUUUGAUCAAGUUUACUGUAAUUUCGUCAAAUAGUGAAAGAUGGAUGAGUGCGAUACCAGUCUGGAUGAAGCGAUGUGUUAAUUAUGAAAGUGUGUAAAUGUGAUGUGACAUCGAAACGGAAACUAACCCCUCGCAGCAAAUCAAACCCGAACACAAAUGAACAUUAAAUGAAUCUGCAGCAUUCGCGACAUGUCCGUACAGCUGUAAGUCAUCAAAGAUGAUAGUGAGUUUUUUCCCCGACCACAUAUGGGGAGGAUGCACAGCACAGAAAAGUCACCAGCAGAAAAACCUGCUCUACCAUCGGAUCAUCUACGCCCUUAUUAGCGAUAAGUACAUCAAGAACCGCAAGCUGCGCAAAUCGUACUUUGCACUGCUUUACCUGUCGUACGUGUUUAUCAAGAUGCUUCCAAUGACGUUAGCCAUCGAAACAACCAACACUGGGGCAAAACCGGUCACCGGGCUCAACGUGCGGUCACGCACACUGCCGGAGAUGGUGGCGCCCCACCUGGAGGAGGACGACGACGACUACAUGGACGAGGACUUCGACGAGUACGACAUCGUCAACAAUAAGUCGGCCAAAGGAAUGUACGUCGGAGCCCCGUGCGAAUUUACGUGCCACGCCAAGCUGCAUCACGUGUACUGUGAUCCAUCCUCCAAUACGUGCAGCUGCGAAAAAGAUUACGUAGUGCUGAUUGGACUACUAAAAGGAUGUGCCAAGCCCAAAAAGUUAGGGGAACAAUGCUUCUACGAUCAAACCUGCAUCUACAACGAUGAGCACGCUCUAUGCGUGCAGAUCAGCCACAACGCCAUCUGCCAGUGUGCUCCCGGUUUCCACUCCGUUAGCUACGUAAAACCAACCAGACGUGUCUUCUGCACACAAGAUAUGGCUCAAAUAACUGCAGAUCUUCCGACGCUUUUCGGUGUCACCAGUGGCAUUGCCGUGCUAGCCGGGCUCAUUUGCAUGGUACUGCAUUUAUUUAGCAAAACGAAAUACCCUCGACCUCGACAUUUUGGCGAUGCUAACCUUGCGCCGCCGAUUUUGUACAACAGCGAUACAGGAAUUCCAUUGACAAUACAGUCGGCAAGGCCGUCAUCACGUUCCAGUCAACGAUCUAGCGGCUCCAUCGGUUCCUAUGGCAAUCGACGGCCGUCAAGUGCUCCCUUACACGGUUCCAAAGGUGUCUUGGUGUCAACCUCGCGUACAGGUUCACGAAGACCAAGUUUAGCUUCUGUGCACAGUACAACGUCGUCGGUUCGAAGUUACAGCAUGCGUCGAUUCGAGCAGGAGAUCCAACAGAAGGAAUUGCGGCAGGAAAUGAAGAAACACUUGGUCCGACUGCAGGAGCAACAACAGCUGCAGAAAAUCAAACCCAAUAUAAUUAUCGGCGAUGUGAUAUCGUGUCCGAUGAACAAACCCAUUCUCACCACCCCUAGCCCGAUGACGCCGAACUCGAUAGACGACCUGCUGCCGUCAGUUGAUGAAACCCAGGAGUUUUCUCCAAACCUAAGCCAGAGAUCUGCUAGUGAUAGUAUGUGUGGUGGCUACGAUGGGCCCUGCAGUUCCACUGAGCUACUAAAAUAAUGAACGGUGCAAACCACGACUAAGUGACACAAAAUCUCAAACUCACACACAACCACGACAGAUACAACCUAGAGGUUAUCAUCAUUGUUGAAUAGACAUUUUAUGGAAUUUUUAGAUAAGUUACACUAUUAAGUACGACGUUUAUAUAGUGUAAUUCAGGCGUAGUCUAGAUUAUUACAACAACAAAAACACAACAACAAAAACGAAUGCAAAGCGGAAACAACAGGAUGACAAUGGUGAAGAGCCAGUUGAACAGUAGACCAAACAAAUCAAAACUAACAAAAAAUCUGGUUAUGAAUCGAAUCGAUUUAGCUCUUGUUCCCUAAACACUGUAGUAUCAGUUGACUGAUAGGACAAAAACCCCAAUAAAAGUCUAAAGUUCCAUGUUCCAUAUAGUGCAUCUGAGUCUCAGAUUCGAAGUUAAAUGUGAGCAAAUUCAACAAAUAAAAUCUGCAGUAUUCUACAACUAAAGCCAUUAUAUAAGCAAUAUUCAACCCGACAGCGGUCAGCUCAACCAGUUGAAUAAGUUCCGUUUUGAUUUAGAGAACUAUAAAAAUCGAAAAACAUCACGAAUUGAGACAACAGAAGAAAAAAAAUCUUAUGACAGAAUCAUUCGAUACGCACGUCUGAUGAAGAAAUUCAUGUAACGAGAAAAAGUACAACGCUCGCGAGAACAUUAACCAGAACUAAAUCAAUGAAUUGAAAUGUAACUCAAACCAGACAACAGCAGUUAACUCGGCAGAAGGAACAUUCUUCUUCCACCGGUUAGUUCGUUAACGAUUAGCACAAGUAAAAUAGAAUGAAUAGCUAGAGACUUCUACGAGUUGUGUUAACCUUAUUGCCCUCAAAUCAGCAGUUGAUUGAGUUUGGUACCAGUUUCUGUGGCGAUAUAUAUUCAAACUAUUAACUAAAAUACAAACAUACAAUAAUUGCUCUGCAAACAAAUGUUUCCAAAAGUUGAAGGUAUAGCGUUUAUAACUAGCAUUUU